GGGUAAAAAAGUCGAGCUUGAGGGGUCGUUUGGAGAUAAUAUUUACUUCAUUUCCCUCACCUCAUCCCACCACAAAAGCAAACCUUGGUCUCUUGGUUGGCUUCUACCCCUUUGUUCUCCUCAGAUUCAUUCUUUGUUCCUCCAUUUUUCCCCUUAUCAACCAAACGGCAUCUCUAUUUUCAAGAUGGAAGGUAUUGAGAGACAACAAUCUGCAGAGCCUUCAGCCAUGAUCACCAGCAGUGCUGAUCGUAUGGUGGGCAUGGACCAUGCUGAAGUACGGUACUUCACGAGUUAUGAUCAUCAUGGCAUUCAUGAGGAGAUGCUUAAAGACGAUGUCCGGACUCGGUCAUACCGCGAUUCCAUUUAUCAGAACCGCCACAUUUUCAAGGACAAGGUUGUCCUCGAUGUCGGUUGUGGCACCGGUAUUCUCAGCAUGUUCGCCGCGAAGGCAGGCGCCAAGCACGUAAUCGGCGUGGACAUGUCCUCGAUCAUCGAGAAGGCGCGCGAGAUUGUCGCGGUCAACGGCCUCUCAGACAAGAUUACUCUUCUUCAGGGAAAGAUGGAGGAGGUUCAGCUCCCGUUUCCCGCGGUGGAUAUUAUUAUCUCCGAGUGGAUGGGAUACUUCCUCCUCUAUGAAAGCAUGCUGGAUACCGUUCUGUACGCUCGGGACCGCUACCUUGCUCCUGGCGGCAAGAUCUUCCCUGACAAGGCCACCAUGUACUUGGCUGGGAUUGAGGAUGGCGAGUACAAGGAUGACAAGAUCGGAUUCUGGGAUAACGUUUACGGAUUCGAUUACAGCCCCAUGAAGGAGAUUGCCCUUACGGAGCCCCUUGUCGAUACCGUCGAGCUUAAGGCGCUGGUCACGGAUCCUUGUUCUGUUAUUACUUUCGAUCUUUACACGGUCACCAAAGCAGACUUGUCGUUCAGGGUUCCUUUCUCCCUUCCCGUCAAGCGCAGCGAUUUCAUUCACGCCAUCAUCGCGUGGUUCGACAUUGAUUUCACCGCUUGCCACAAGCCCAUCAGCUUCUCCACUGGCCCUCACGCCAAGUACACACACUGGAAGCAAACUGUGUUCUAUCUUCGCGACGUUCUCACCGUUGAAGAAGAGGAGUCUGUGUCCGGUAUCUUGGAGAACAAGCCCAACGACAAGAACCCUCGUGAUCUAGACAUUCAUCUUUCUUACAAACUGGAGACCACGGACAAGUUGCGCUAUGCUGAGGGCAACUGCUUUUACAGGAUGUGCUAAACCAUCAAUCUCUUCGGAUAUUCGCUUGAUAAACGUUUUCCUACCGUUAUUUGAGGACAGAUCGCAUGCUGUCAAACGACACGAAAGCUUCGCCUUGUAAGGCAGCAUUAUUGCAUAUAUGAAAGGUUACUUGUAUGGACUUUGGGUCGUUGUAUGGUCUGUUUCGUCCUUUCUUGUUUUUCGGCGUUGUAUUGGAUGGCAGGGGAACGGCACAUUAUCUGGCGCGAACGGAGAGACUGAUUUUGCAUGAGACUUUUUGAUGCUCCUCGAACUUUUUCAAGUAGAUACCCCGAGUUGACGCUCAGUCCAGCCACCUCCGACGUGUUCCUUAGAUUGUUUUGACCUAUCAUCUACUUUUUACAUCCAUUUCCUUUUUCUUCCAUUUGACUCGGGGUAAUCUUUUCGUUAGUCCACUUGAAUCGAGGACGGUAUGAAGAAAUACGCAUCUGACUGGGAGUGUUCAUGCCUUGGUCUAUGGGCGAUACGAUC